UGUUGUAGUGAGGAGAAGAGGCGUGCCAAUAAUCAGGGAGGUGUUUUUUGAUGCGGGCGCGCGUCUCGGAGAACACAUGGGAACGCAGCGGUUCAAUUACGCAGCGUCACACGGAGCACCCUGAGGUGCUGCGGCUGCUGGUGUUUGCUCUGCCUGUCCUCUUCUGAGCGAGCUAGGACGCUGAACUUUGUGCGGGACGAAGUUAAAGUUCGGACGGAUACAGGAGCCGCACAGACGGUGUUUCCCAACAGGAUGCAGGGACUGAGCUCCCGGGCUCACGCCUUUUCGGUGGAGGCGCUGGUUGGGAAGCCCUGCAAGAGGAUCAAAGUGUCGGAGGAGCACGAGCCGAGCAGCGCUGACACCAGCGGCGAUAGGAGCAUCUUUCCCGACCAGAAUGAAUUUCCUACCAGCCAACUACAGAAAGCAUGUCCGACACCGAGGAGGGGAGAGGACCCCUCGGCCUGUGACCCGCAGGGACAGACUGACAGAUCACAGACUGAAAACUCUGACCCGAGCAGCGAGGAGAAGAAGCCGAAGGAGAGCGACUGUCGGCCGGACAGAGAGGUCCGAGUAGAGCUGCAGGGCUCCGAGCUGUGGAGGAGAUUCUACGAAAUCGGCACCGAGAUGAUCAUCACCAAAGCUGGAAGGAGAAUGUUUCCUUCUGUGCGCGUCAAGGUGCGCAAUCUGGACCCUUGCCAGCAGUAUUAUAUCGCGAUGGACGUCAUGCCCGUGGACUCCAAGCGUUACAGGUAUGUGUACCACAGCUCGCAGUGGAUGGUGGCUGGAAACACGGACCACUCCUGCAUCUCGCCGCGGCUCUACGUGCACCCGGACUCGCCGUGCGCAGGAGAGACGUGGAUGCGUCAGGUCAUCAGCUUUGACCGAGUUAAGCUCACCAACAACGAGAUGGACGAUAAGGGACAUAUCAUUCUUCAGUCGAUGCAUAAAUACAAGCCACGUGUCCACAUCAUCAAACACAACCCUCGCAUGGACUUGUCUCAGAUCCAGUCGCUGCCUGCUGACGGAGUGCACAGCUUCUCCUUCCCAGAAACAGAGUUCACCACAGUCACAGCCUACCAGAACCAGCAGAUUACAAAACUGAAGAUCGACAGGAACCCCUUCGCCAAAGGCUUCAGAGAUCCAGGAAGGAAUAGGUAUAUGUUGGAUGGCCUGCUGGAGUCAUAUCCCUGGAGAGGCCCUUUCAGCCUGGACUUCAAGCCUUUCACCAUACAGCUCCAAGGGAGCUCAGGGUCGCCCACCAGCAGCGUGAAGAGCCUCCUCCCCGUCUCUUCAUCUUCAUCCCUUCACCCGCUGUCCUGCCAGGACGCCGCUGUCCAUGCCUUCACUCUCCCCCUCUACAGCAAGACCACCACCUCACCCAGCAUUUCCCCUCUGCCCAGCAGAGCCUUCUCCUCCCUGGGAGCAGACAGACUGAGAGGCUUCUCUCCUCUGCCUCCUCUCACAGACCUCCCGCUGUUCUCUGCGCUGCAGGGGAAGAAACCGCCCCACUGCAGGGACCCGUGUCCUCACGAGUCCCCGGGGUCUCCUUGCCUGCUCCCCUUACACUGCCCUCUCAGCCCUCAGAGGUCUCCUCUCCCCCCACAUGUCUCAGACACUGUAAGCCCGUAUUGCCUCUACCGCUACAGCUUCCCUCUGAACCCCCAGCUCGCAGCCAUUUCCCGGCACCCCAAACUAGCCGAAGACACUACAGACUGUCUGCUGCGCCAGCCUCCCUGGCUCCCGACCACCAACCACUGCCUCUGACGGCUGGACCGCACUUGCGGGCUCCGGCCCAUUGAGCAUAACAAUCCCAAAACUGAACGCACAAAACAGAAAGGGCUGAUCCUCUGUGAUCCGACUGAGAGGAGAAAUGUGGCUGUGGGGACUUCUUUGUAUUUAUAAACUCUUUUACACACACGUGUUGGAGUUACCAGCACAAACAAGCGAUCCCGAGGCAGAUUGCGAGCAGCUCCUUUUCAUUCUGCAAUCUCGUCUAGAGCAAGAGAAGCCAAAAACGGAGUAAACAGAAACAUUCCUGCUCAGGCAGGAUGCAGAUUUUUAUUCGGGACAGAUUGCUUUUGACAAUUCAGUCCCCAGUUUUACUGCAUCAAGGGCUGUAACAGUGUUACCAAAGAGCAUCAGCAAUGAGGUAUGUAACAGAACUAUUAUAAUGAACGUGUUUGUUAAACUGACCAUAAGUGCCCAUUAAAGUUUUUUCGUGCUUUUUGUUGAGC